AUGGACGCCCUUCCUGGCGCUGUAAUGCAGGCCUUUGCGCACCUGUGGAACCAACACCCCGAAGUAGCAGCUGGUAUCUACGCUGCAGGUGCCGUCGCUGCUGCUGUGCCGCAUUACAUACCAACCUUUGAGCAGGCUAAGGUUUGGUAUCAGAAACCCAGGCCUCUUACGACAUCUGUCGCCAAACCCUUCCACACCAUCGAAGACGCAGCCGGAAUCGUGAAAUCAAUAGUUACCAAAGUUCCCCGGCCUACCCUUAUCACCGUCACUAGUUCUGUCUCACCGGCCUGCAACACACCCUCCACUGUCGAACAGCAAGCCAAAGUUGAAGUUUUGGACACUCCCUUGUCUUCCGAAUCAAACCGGGACAUUUUCAAAUCUGACACGGAAAGCUCUGCUCGUUCAAAAGCGAGUAGCUCAUCGCAACUCUCCUGGGAGCGUAGUACUCCGCGAGAUACAGUGCCGGGGAUAACUAGCAAGAGUUCAGAGCGUUCACUGGCAAAGACUACGAGUAUUUCUUCUGAGAAGAGCAAUCCUGUUCACGAGGUACCAUCAGUAUUGGGCACGAAAUCUUCCAAUGUUACAAAUACAGGCUUCAAAGCCCGGAUGAGUAGGGUUCUACACGGCUCGCGAUCCUCCGCGGCAUCGAAAGAAUCGACCAUCAGCGAUACACCCAGAGUCGUCACCUCGACCGGGUCUUCCACCGUUGGCAAGGUGCUUUCUCGGACCACGUCUCCAGUUGUGGUUGAACAGUUACCGGUUGCCUCACAGUCGUUCGAUGAGAUCAUAGACUAUUCGUUUGAAACCAUUACCAUUCCGCAGAGAUCAAAGACAGUUUCCAGUGCUCCUCUAUCUAGCACUGCGGGCAUCGACUCUGGCCUCAAAGAACAUAAGUCGGCCUUUACACAUUAUAGGCAACAUGCGGCUAGCAAAAGCACCCGGAGCAGUAUCUCGAAGAUGACAGAACACAAGCCAGCCUUUACACAUUACAGACAAAAGGCGGCUAGGAAAUCACUCCAAGAUUCGUCGUCAUCUAAGACACUUCCCAGCGCACCUGUGUCCAGCAGCAAGGACAGCACCGUUACGCCGAGAGAACACAAGCCGGCCUUUACACCUUACAGAAAAAAGCCGGCUAGCAAACCACUUCGAGAUUCGCCGUCACUCGCCAAAUCCCAACUCUUACGCUGGAAUGACUUUCGACGAGCGAUUGAUGAUAAAUACGUUACGCAGCAAGCAAAUCAAAAGCCGACCAAGUCGUCCUACUACAGUAGCCCGAUCACUAUGGUGGAUAUCAUGGUGGGAUAUGUGCCAUCCAUUCUCUUCGCCGUAUGUGACCAUCUGUAUAAGGAUGACCCAGACAUUCAGGAAAUGGUAGCAUUUAUGGUGCGCAAUGCAUACAUGUUUGUCGUUGGAUAUCUCGCCUACGCGGAAUUUCGCUUGCCAACAUUGCCAUACUCCAAACCUGUAGCAUACGCACGCAGCAUCGGCACCGUAUCCUACAACGUGUGGCAGAAAGCAGUAGCCAGCUUCCUGGGAAAGCAGCAAGCCGAUCACUUCAUCAUAGACCGGGCGUUAUACGCCACCCUCGUCGGUAUCGCGAUUUAUUUCCUCCUUUUCGCCGGACGAAGGACCCGCGAAGUUGUUCACCACAAAGAAGAUGAAAGCGAUUUAAGCGAGGAUGAAGACAUGUCUGAGACCCAGGAUCUGUCCGCCAGCGCGCCUGCUGUCAUCCCGCACCGGAAAGAGACAUUAAUUCGUUGUUGCAUCGCCUUCACUGUUAUGAUAACUGUCAUUUGGCUCAGUGUCUACGUCCAGGACUUGGCUGUUAUCUUGGCCAGUGUGCCAGCGGUACACGUUCUUUCAAUCUAUGACGAAGAGGCGCGCAACACCAUCUUCACCAUAUUGAACCUCGUGGUCGGCGGCUCAUACCGAUCGGUCAUCGCCGCGCGAACCUGGAUACGAUACUACGCUGCGGUUGCAGUAGUAGUAUACGUCCUCAUCCAUAUAGACCAGCCAUCUUUGUGCGCUGAUAGACUUAUCAGAGGCGGCGUUGCCCCACCCUUCAGUCAUUUUGCUGUCGUGCUCAAGCUUGUGGGCCUCUCCUAUGUCGACUCCCUCGUGCACGGCAUCAUCGAAGUCUCUCGAAUUUGCAUAGCGAAACUCCGGGUUGUGAAGGCUUGGGUUCGGUACAAGUUUAUGCUCAUCGUCAGAGGUCGCGCUAUCUUCCUGUGGCACCCAAAGACUGUCGGCGAAUGUCUCCGCUGGGUGCUCGCGACAAUAUUACUCGGUCCCCGGACAGUAUAUGGGUUGCUACCAGUAUGGGUUGGCCCAGUCGUUGGGUUGUUCGCGCUCUGGGCAUUAACCAUUCGGAAGGAUCUCGAUGAACCUGAGCUUAUUCUACAGGGCACAGAUCCAGCCGGUCGUAUCUGCCGUGGGUACACGCUGCCUCAGCAAUUGGUGCCAAGGCCUAGCUUACCACUGGGCUGGAUCAUGGCCGCUCAAGCAUAUCCCGCACAUAAGGUCCGGUCCUCAUUUACAUUCGCAACUAGUUUCAUGAUGAUGUACGUCCUAGGCACGAAUGGGGUUCUGGCAUGCACCCAGGACUAUGGCAUUAUCUUUGCGACUGUCCUUGUCAUACUUCUACUUCUAGCCCACUGGCGGCCGGCUCCGAUCGUGGCCCGAGAUUCUCCCAAUGAACUGCUCCCUAAUCGGCCGGAUGAAGUUAUGGUUCCUGGCUCUGCGCCACCAAGCCCUCCCGCAGCACAAAUCCCCGCCCCUACCAGUGGCGUCGAAGAUCCAGAGCAAGUAGACCCCCAAAGUGGAGAGCCUGAUACUCCCAAUCAGCCACCAGACGCACAGCCGGCGCAGGCACCUCAGCCACCCAGCAAUAGUCAGGCAGUUGAUCUUCAGGAUGAGGACCUAUCAGGGCUGCCAGACGAAGUAGACGCGUUGCCCACUCAACAACAGGCUUCGCCUGUACAGACUCCCGUGGGAACGCCAGCACGGGAGCAAUCGAUUGAGACUCCGGAUCAGGCUGAGGCUCAUACUGAGACGCCCACCGCAGAUGCAUGGACACAGACAAACGCAUCUCUUCCUUGGCUACAGCGCUGUAUGACUUGGCUCUUCGACAGUGAGGCGGCGCGCACAGCAAGAGAAAAUGCUAUUGAGGCAGCUAGGGCUGCUGCUGAGCAGGAGCAUAAGGACUUCCUAGAGCAAUCUGGUCUGGCAAGCGGUGCAGAACACGAGGAGCCACAAUCGUCAAACGACGCCAGCGAAAGUCCAGCUGCUGAUUCUUCGAUGAUAUCUCAGCCUACAGAGACUGAGCAACAGCACCGGGCUACUGUUGAAGCUGAGAAACCUGAGGAGGCAAUGGCAGCUAUCCCAUCAGAGACGACAACUGAAGCUAUUCCAGACCCUGCGGCUCAGCUGCCAGUGACAUCGGUGGGUGCUGAUACAUCGGCAUCUUUGCGUACCCUCACUCCAGCCGCCACGUUCAAACAUACUCCUCUGUUCGAGCCUACUCCUCUGACAACGACCACUCCCUCUACCAUCGCUACUCCUGCGAUACCAGCCAUUUCCUCCAAUUCUCUGGUUGUACCUACUCCCGUCAUUACGCCUACCGAUGUACCAAAGUCUGCCACAUACACUACUGAGCCUUCGUCAUCGCUUGACAUCACGUUCGAUCUUCCUACCAUCGUAGUCAACGCACCAGAACCUGAGACGCAAGAUGGAUACACGCCCAUGACAUUUGUUCCCAUUGAGAUGAUGGAACUCGCUACACCCGCCAAGCACACGCCUCCCAAGGACCCUGCUUCAGAAUCUGUCAAUGCACCAGAUCACCAAGCUCUAGCCGCUGGUCUAGUGCAAGGUCAGGGAGAGGACGAUGGGCAAGACGAUGGGCAAGAUGGUGUGCAAGAAAGCGACGAAGAGGAAGACGAGGUCGAAGGCGAAGAAGAGUUCGAUUUCGGUGGGAGUCCCACGAUAGGCACAUCAGCUCCGCUACAGCCAGCGAGUCCUAUAGAUGCCGAGAUUGCUGCAGCACUUGAGAGGCAACGCGAGGAGGUGCGAAGAGAGGCUGAGCAGAAGAAGGUCUUGACUCCUAUGGAGGUUGCUUCUGGUGGAGCACCAGCGCCUGGUGACGGUGAUGACGACGAAAAUGGCAACCAUGAUGGAGAAGGUGACGACUCUUCACACAAUACGCCGAUAUCUGGUGCCCCGAAGCAUGCCACUCCUGAACCCGGCAAUGAACCUUCUUCGCCAACGGAUAUGCCAAUGAGAGGCACGAACGACGACCCUCCAGCAGCUACGCCCACGACCAGUGUCAAUGAAACUGUCCCCGACUUACUCUCGCAACCAGCUCCCGGCACGGCAAAUAGUCGUCCUUGGGCCCCUUUCAGCUCGCUUCCUUCCAGCAGGACUGAGCCGCCUAUGUUCACAGAAGAGGAACUUAAGACGCAAUUCGCCCUUCCUGCCAUCUACAAUCGGCCUGCCGCUCGGCCCACAGACCCUGCGCAUCCAGACUCCGCAGAACAGUGGCGUAACAGGCUGCUGGGAGGCCCUAGUACGUUGACCAUUAUGAGGCGAGAACGUGAAGCUGCGGCUCGAAGGGCUGGUGGGGAUGGUGGAGAUGCGCCGCCUGGCCCUGGUGGUUCUUCUGGUGGAAACGGCGGCGGCGGUAGUGGGGGUGGAGGUGGCAGUGAUGAUCCCCCCUCUCCUUUCGAUCCAUCGCGCGGUAGUGGAGGCGCGAACCCUCCAUCGCCGUCGGGUUCAGCUGGCUCAGGACCUAUGGAGGGGAUCGACGAGGCUUCUUCGAGCGACGAGGGGCAGAACGGUGAGAGCGAUCCCCAUAGUCAUAACAAUGAUGACAGUCAGACUUUGAACAACCAAGCUGACACCAACGAUCAGAUGGAUAAUGGCGACGACGGUAAUGAGGGUGGUGGCGACAAUAAUGGCGAUUCAUCCGCACAGCCUGGAGCUUCCAACGAUGCUGGCAUUCCCAUGACUACUACGCCCGCGGCCUUUGAUACUACUGCCACGCCUGACGACGAUGGAGAUGUCGAUAUGUCCGAUCUAUUCAAUGUCGAUAUGUCCGAUACCGAUUUGGACGAUAUCAAUAUGGACAACAUCAAUCUGGAUAACAUCAACUUGGACGGCAUCGAUUUCGACAAGAUCGCCAACUCUGGCUUCAACAAUGAGCAAACGCCAACCACCACCACCGAUGGCAUGAGGAGACAGCUGGUGCCUCUCGAGGGACUAGAACAAAACAGCGAAAUGCCAACAAGUCUGUAUCUGUCUCCCGAGGACGAGCAAUACGGUGAAAUGGCAGAACAAAACAUAUUCGCUGAUAUUGACGCGUAUGAGGCGCAGAAUGGGCCUAUCGAGAAUCCACCUCCCAUGUUUGAGCCUCAGCAGUAUCCGACAGACGGGGAAAGCUUCGAUCAUCUUCUCGGAAACGGCGGCGAUGAUUGUCCUUUACCGAACCAGCAGCCAUCGGUCAUUGUUCCUGGGCCUCUUAAGGAUGCGCCAGAUGCGUUUGACCCAUUCUCGAACGCGAACUGGAGUGCCGAAUUUGGGGAUGCUACGCAAACUGAACAGGGUGACGAUGUGUCAGAUCAAGAGAUCGUUCGUGCCGCCGUUGCAAAGGCAUUUGGAGAAGAUCAGGGGCCGGCACGAGAUGGUCUAACUCCACCACCAUCAACACACGGAGACGACAUUGAUCUCGAAGACUACGGAGUUGCUGAAGACAAUGAGGAACUCAUCGCUGGGCUUUCGAAUGUCGAUCUUAGCGUUGACCAGACCGACAACCAUGACAAAGCACGAGUCUCGCCAGAUUCAGGAACUCAACGAGUAUGGGACAGUGACUUCAACAAAGCUCCGGACAACGCUGAACAUGAAUACAAACACCCAGUUGAGUUCACGACUAUCAGACCGAGAACACGCUUAGUACAACUUCGGGAGGACCACAGGAUCGUAGAGAAUCCCGAACAUGCGGAAAAUCGAUCAGCCGGCAUGGAGUCGCUAGACGAACUCACCGGGCGCCAAGGUCAAGUCUUCCGGGAAGUUCCCAUGGACACGUACGAAAUGCGAGGAGAAAGUCACGACGACUACAAAGAUGCACAAGAGCUGAUGGCAUGGUUUGACCCAGAUGCUGGAGGUGCUGAACCUCGAGGUGAUCCCUUGCCAGCUGGUUCUGACGAUGGUAGCGCGUUGUCGGACGAAAUCGAUGACGAUGAACUGGACAAGCUUGCCAAAGAAGUGGAAAAGGAUCAGUUGGAUGAACUGAAUAAAGCGUCCAAGAGAACACGAGACCUUUCUGAUGACUCAGAUUUAGAAGCAUCGGAAAAGAUUCCAGAUGAUCCAGCAACUCCCCAGAAGGAGAGUUCAGGUGCACGAGCUGGUACUCCGAAGAAGGGCCGCUUCAGAGGUCCAGUCUCAUUUGAUACUGAGGAAGAAGCUCGUUUUGAGAAGAACGAUGUGGAAAAGAUCAAAGACCUUCCAAUAUGGCAGAAGCUGAAGGAGGCCAAAAACACAUCGACGAGUCCACCGCCGGCGCAACCAUCUCCACGCGCCGUCGAUGUCAAGCUCGAAUUUUAUUUCCCCAUUUUCGUAUGA